CAACAUAUUUACCUGACACAACUAAUUUGCCAUUAUUACAGAAUUCCCAUUCGUAAAACUACAUAAAAUGGGCAACUGGCAUCUUAACACUGUGAUAUCCUGUGACAUAAUAGGUUCAUUUGUCAAAGGCCGUCUGGUUCUGGCCGAGUUAAGGACUACGUCAGCGCGCAUUCAGGUCUGCAAUGGAGGCUCAUCUUGGAACACGUUUUUCUAGCUUCGUUUGUUUUCUAGGCUUCUGUUUGUUGCAAAAAAUUCCUGUUGCUGAGAACUUCCUGAAAGAGACUGAUGUACAAAUGAUCUGCACGGAAGGGAAUUUCUGCGCAAGGUAUGUGGCCGUUCCCACGGACGGGUCACAGGGCUUGGUGGCGGUGUGGGCGGGGAACGGCGUGGCUGUGACGGUCCUCGGUCGCGUCAACCUCAACAUCCCGGCGACGUCACAGGCCGGCUGGAUGGACUUCAGCAUAGAAAAACGAGGUACUAAGUAUUGUGUUCACUCGGAGUCGCAUCCUGGGCUGAAGUUCUGUGACAAGGAUGUGGAUCAGGUGACGUUUACUAGUAAUAUUCAGACGAUGUGGAGAUUUAAACCAAAGGCAGUGGCUUUGGGUUUAAUGGCGUCGAGGCCAAAGUGCAAGCAAUACUACGUCCUCUCUUUCCGUAUGGAUAUUGGGAGCACCCCGACGAAGCUCUUUUGGCAGCCCGGUAAAACGGGACGUUCCCUGAACAUCGGCUUGUAUCACGCUAAUGGUCGAUAUGACGAAUACCUAAUCGCAGAAAAAGCAUCAACGCGAAAUCUAUAUGACAUCACAUUUCAGCGUGCGUUCACUAAUACCUCCUGCGUUCUGAUGAGCUCGAGUCUCGAUAUGUCAAACACUUGUCUGCAGGACCAAAGAGAAGCAAAUAUAAUUUACUUUAAAAGCACUGACAAUUUCGGGUUAAAGGCACCCAGCUACUUUACAGGCGACUGCAGAGAGAAAGCCGGUUACAAGCGUCUCUGCAAGAACGGGACUUUCUGUGCGAGGCACGUGGGUCUUCCUAUAGACGACAUGCCCCGUGCAGUGAGUGUGUGGGCCGGCGAGGGCACCGCGGUGGUGGUCCACGGCCCAGUCGAUGUGCUUUUGCCGUCCGAUUCAGUAGCCGGAUGGUUUAACUUCACUACAGCGCGACGCGAAUCGAAGUAUUGUGUUACCUCGGAGUUCUUUCCGAUGCAUGAAUUUUGUAAUGCUUCUAUGAACCGGCUGACGCUUGCCAGUAAUCUGGAGACAGAGUGGAGGGUUCGUCCUGCGAAUGGAAAUGCUGCAUGCAGCCACUACCGCCUCCUCUCUUUACACCUGGAUGUACAGGAUUCGCCAACUAAGCUGUUGUGGCGGAGGAUCAAAGAAUGGACUAUUUUGCGAUUGGGUUUUCGCAAUUCUGGAGGGGAAUAUGAGGAAUUUUCAGUCUACCCAUUACUAAACUCACAACCCUGGUUCGACCUCACAAUUCAGCGUUUGUUGAAUAAUACUGCAUCAGAAACCCACUGUGUUGUCAGGAGUUUUGCUCUCAACGUGGAGCACGUUUGCCGUUCGAUUCCGGGAAAUAUAGAGGUCGUUCACCUUAGGAGUCUCGAUUACUCAGGGGCAGGAGUUCCCAGCUACUUCGCCGUGAACUGCAGCGGCAACACAGAGCCAAGCCUGCAUUCUACCCGUGGCAUCGACUGGCGCGUGACUGUCCUUCCACCGCUUUCCGUCCUCGUGACCGUCCUUGUCACCUCGCUCGAAUGUGUCUUGAAAACAAGGUCAUGCAGGUACCGAGAGACCGCUCAGAAUGACCCUGACGGCCCUCCAGCUCCUCAAUCGCCUUCCUGUCUCGUGGUGCCACUUCUCUCUCCUGUCAACGAGAACAUCGAGUUGGAUAACAUGAGACCCCAACGAGUUAGGGAGUUUGGAGAAGUGGAUUUCCUCAACGAUCCUGUUGAUAAUAAGACUCGUGCAGAUUCUGUCGAUGGUGGGACUGGCGCGAAUUUCCCCAGCACUUCGGAUGAUAAUUGGACUGAUGCGAAUUCCAUCUACGUUUCUUUUGAUGGGCGCGUCGAGGGCGUGGACAGUGAAGAGGAAGAGGAAAGCAAGGAUGAAAGAUGAUGUCUCCGCCUUGACUGUCCCCAAGACCUCGUCAUGUUCGUGGUGGUCCUCCUAGGGAAAGCACGUGAUCCAGCGAAAUUCUAAGGCGCGACCCCCCCCCCCCUACAAACACACUCCUCCUCCUCUCCAGGCUCCCUC